GGGGCAGGCGGGGGGGCGGCGGCGGCCGGCCGUGAGCUCCGGCGGUGCCGCAGGAGGAGCAGGAAGCGCCGGGGCGAACCCAGCCUCGCCAUCACAUGACUCAGCAGCCGCCGCCGCCACCGGGCUGAGUCCAGCCGGGAGGGGGAAACCUGCCGCUGCUGCCGCCGCGAUGAGCCCGCCGCCCCGCGGCCCCUGAGCCUUGAGCACCCCGGCCCGGCUCGGCUCGGCUCGGCCCGGAGCCCCCCCCCCCCCCCUCCGCUGCGGGGUUGCGGCGGGGGCUCCCCCGUUGCGGGGGGCUCCCCGGCGGCGGCUGCGGCGGGAUACUAUGCUCACCCGGGUCAAGUCCGCCGUGGCCAAUUUCAUGGGCGGCAUCAUGGCUGGCAGCGCGGGCGGCGAGCACGGCGGGGGAGGCGGCGGCGGCGGCUCCGACCUGCCCCUGCGCUUCCCCUACGGCAGACCCGAGUUCCUGGGGCUGUCCCCGGACGAGGUGGAGUGCUCCGCCGACCACAUUGCCCGGCCCAUCCUCAUCCUCAGCAAAGAGACGCGCCGCCUGCCCUGGACCACGGGCUACGCCGAGGUAAUAAAUGCAGGGAAGAGCACACACAAUGAAGAUCAAGCCAGCUGCGAAGUCCUCUUUGUCAAGAAGAAAUCUGGAGGCGCGAAUUCUACACCAAACAAGAACUCAACAAAACGGAGGUCAUCGCUGCCGAAUGGAGAAGGUCUCCAACUGAAAGACAACUCGGACACAGAUGGGAUCAGCCUGUACUACUGGUCCCUGUUUGAUGGACAUGCUGGGUCAGGAGCAGCAGUGGUCGCUUCCAAACUGCUGCAGCACCAUAUCCUGGAACAGCUGCAGGAGAUCGUGGACAUCCUGAGGAACACGGCCGUCCUCCCCCCCACCUGCCUGGGAGAGGAGCCUGACAACCCGGCCACCAACAGCAGGACACUGACACGGGCAGCCUCCCUGCGUGGCGGCGUGGGGGCCCCGGGCUCACCCAGCACCCCUCCAACACGCUUCUUCACCGAGAAGAAGAUCCCACAUGAGUGCCUGGUUAUUGGGGCUAUAGAAAGUGCAUUCAAGGAAAUGGAUUUGCAAAUAGAACGAGAGAGGACCGUGUAUAAUAUUUCUGGUGGCUGCACAGCCCUUGUGGUGGUGUACUUAUUGGGGAAGCUGUACGUGGCAAAUGCUGGUGAUAGCAGGGCUAUAAUAAUCCGAAAUGGUGAAGUCAUUCCAAUGUCUUCAGAAUUCACUCCAGAGACUGAACGCCAGCGACUUCAGUAUCUGGCUUACAUGCAGCCCCACUUGCUGGGAAAUGAGUUCACACAUUUAGAGUUUCCACGGAGGGUGCAGCGCAAGGAAGUUGGAAAAAGGAUGCUCUACCGUGACUUCAACAUGACUGGCUGGGCAUACAAAACCAUUGAGGAAGACGACUUGAAGUUUCCCCUAAUAUAUGGAGAAGGCAAGAAGGCUCGGGUUAUGGCAACAAUUGGGGUGACCCGAGGACUGGGAGACCACGACCUGAAGGUGCAUGACUCCAAUAUCUACAUCAAACCUUUCCUGUCCUCAUCUCCUGAGGUAAAACAGCCAAGCUUUGACUAUCUGAUUUGUGGGAGAGAAACAAGUAUACUUAGAGUGUUUAUUUAUUCUUCCAAAAUCUGACUCCUGAAUGUUAAAAAUUCCUUUUCCAGUUGUGUGCCUGCCUCUGGUUACUCCACAUCCCAGGCAGAGCACUGAUGCCUUCUCACCCUCUUGUCCUUAGUUAUCCCAUAGCCUCACCAUUCCAUGCGGCAGACACCCAUCUCUCCCCAUCUUCAUGUGCUCCAACACCCUCUGAGGCCUGGAUCAUGCAGCCUUCACAGAAGCUGACACGAACCAGUGUUCUGCAGAAGGGAGCAUUGGAUGUCUUCCACGGUAGCAUGGCAUCCUCCUUUAGGCAGAGGAUACCAGAUCCAACUGCUAAGUAGGAAAAUGCCAAGAGUGUGUUGGAAGAAUGCUUUAUGCUUCCAUCUGGCUGCCCCUUCACAUCCGCUGCUUAAUUCUUUAUGGUGGUUCUGUGCAAACCCAAAAUAACGGCAGAAAUGGCAAUGUGAGUUCCCAAAUGAUUACAUAAAGAGGAGAUUAGGCAAUAUUUACUAUACUAGGGGUAGUGAACCUGCUACUCACCUGUCUGGAAACCAGUUUUAAAUGCCUUCAUUGUUUUGACUUGCCUCGAUGCAAACAAUUCUAGUUUGACCACCAUACACCUUGCAGUGAGGGUUACAAAGGCUUCUAAAUGGGCUUGAAUGUAUUUGGUUAUUAACAAGAAACAUUCAAACCUCACUUUGUUCUCUGGAACUUUAUUCAUGUUCCUACAUCAGGGAACAGAUGACACAUUUUCAAUAAAAUAUUAAGCAAGGGCAAAGCAUCCUAUGAGAGCACAAAAAGAGGAGGCUUUGCUGCCAUGGCCCAAAUGCUGAGAGCCGUCCACUGUCAGCUGCCUUUCCAUUGUUUUAACCACACCCAGUAUCUGACCUUGAACUUACUGCUUGAUACAGCAGCGUGAGAGAAUGAAAAUACACAAAUGGCAUAACACUGCUAGAAAGGAACAAAAGUAUUACAUUGACCUUGCUUAGAACAUCUUUGAGAAUUUAAAAAUGAAAAGAAGCACUGAGAGAUUCUGGCCCUGAGGAAAAGGAGGUGAUCCAGAGACAGCCCCUUCACUUUUCCUUGCUGUCAAUCCAGUCCCUUCCCUCAUUUGAGUGUGUGGUGCCCAUCACUGGGGCUGUUCUCCUCAGCCAGGCAGGCAGCAGCUCUGCCCUCAUCACUCUGAUGCAUUUGCUUAGUGCCAGCACAAGGAUGCAGUUCUACCUAUUUAUUUUUUCUUUCUGGCUUGCUGAGACCCAGCAUUUUUGGGGAAUGUAAUAGCUGCAGCGCAGUAUCUCAGCAGUACCAUCUCUGCUGAUUGCUGCUGCUGCUGUAUUUGUCUGUGUGUAUAAACCAAAGCUUCUCACGGGCUUUUCUGAUUUGUGUGUAGUGCGUGUGUGCGAGCGUGUGUUCAAAUUCUGGAAUCUGUCGUUCAGUUCCUAUGCUAUCCACAUUUCAGGAUCUCUUAACUGCUUUGUUAAAGGGAAGCAAAAUUAGCUUUGUUUCCAUAUUCCCUUCUCAGCUAAAUUCAGUAGAAGUGCACUAGGGAAGCAGGAGGAAAGACAGAGCACCUGCCACCUCGAUUUAGAGAUGUGGGAAAGGAGGAAAAUAAUAAUAAUAAUAAAAAAAAAUAACCUGAAUUUUAUUAGGAAGUAAAAUAUGUUCCAACUAGCUUUCCAUUGCACCUCUUCUCUUAACCAUCUCUUCCAUGUCUUCCCAGAGAGGGCUCCAGUGCUUUAUUUCCUCACAUUCUUCUCUGACUUGUUCUGCCCAUAUGUGGACACCUUGCACAGAAAGCAGCAUUAAGAAACAACCUCUUUAUGCUGCCAUCUGGGCAUCCUGGCGCUUGGAAGUGCAGUGGCCUCAGGCAGCAGUCACAUUUGGCCCUCGUGCAGCACUGGAUUUGGAAAUUGUCUUUGUAGAGGUAGGGAGGCACGUUGUCUGGUUUCCAGACCUGGAAAAGGGGAGGCACAGGAAGUGAAGCCUCACAGUGAGCCGUGACAUGGGGAGAAUCCAAGUCUGGCUUGUGUUUCUGUGCUGUAAUUACAGAGUCCUUUCCAAAUGUGGGGGCAAGGUGGUGAGUUUUCAGUGUAUUUACUGCAGGGGUGACAAAACUCUGGUAUGGUAUGUCCACCAAAAUUUAUCUGAAGGCAAGGUAAGCAUCCAUGUGACUAUAUCCAGAAACAUGCACAGAAGUAAUUUGAGGGUGGUAUGAAUUUACACUUUGAUAGAGCGCCAGGCUAUGGGAGGAGAAGUCAUGUAGCCAAGACUGACAAAUGUAAUCAGGAUUCAGUGGCUCAGCUGUUACGAGACCAGAUUUGGAGGACUUCUGCAGGUUGGUGAGCUCUAGAGAAUUGAGCCUUUUAUAAUGAACUGGAGUAGCACAAAGCAGGCAAGCUAUGGCUGAGGCUCUCUGGCAUGGAAUUAAAUAUUUAUUUUUCAUAAUGGAACAGCUCAUUUGAAAGCUUUCAGCAGGAAAUUCUGCUUUUUAAAGCUCAGCAAGAGCCUUCUUGUUGCAGCAGAAAAGCAGAAUUUCAUCCUGAAAUUUUUCAAGCAGCAGUUGAGCCGUUCAGUGGACGCCGUGUGGCUCCGACAACAGCUCCUGGACCUUGCCACUACGAACCCAAUACCACCACCCAGAGCAAAUAGGAGGAAGGUAACCAGGGAGAAAUUUUCCCCUUCCAAACGCAUUAAUAAAAUCUUUGUGAUGACUUCACAAAUAUGUCAAAAGAAGCCGUUUUAGAUUCACAUCUGCCUUCUGGAGAAAUCUUGGGGAAUUACAGCAUUUAAAGAAACAAGUGAGGCAAGUACUUACAGAAGUGCUCUUUGAUCAAAGGGAGUCAAGGUGGUUUAAGGAAGCAAACAUCACACUUUAGUAGCUUGAAGUCCUUCAGGGUUAUGUCUACCAGAGAAUUAAAAAAAUAAAAAUGCGGUAGAUGAUCUUGCCUGAGCACUUUGAUUUCUGAAAAAAACAUUUGAGAAACUGUUCUGCAUCACAGGUUAUUAAUAUAAAAGAUAUGAAGCUAUAGACUAAGUGGAAACUUGGCACAGUCUACUGGAAAUUGGCUAAAGGGCAGGAAACAAAGGGUGGCAGUAAAAAGCUAAAAGGAGAUUAAUUGGUGAGUGCUGCAGGGAGCAGUGUUGGGACCCGCUUUUUAUUAUUUACAUAUAAAUUACUUGGAGGGUGGUAUUGAAAGAUCUCGUCGUUUGCCAGUGGAGCCGCACUGGAUAACACUGCACAUAAAAAGGGACAAUACAAUUAAGAAAGGGUUUAAUUUAUUGAAGAGACUGAGUUGAUCAAUAGUGCAGGCAACUGAAUGCAGACUGUUGUGUGGCUUGAAUUCCCCCAGGCAGGCUGCUUGGGAGCACCUCAGAUGGCUGCAGGCUCUUGUGCCACUUUGUUUGAACAGUUUUCACGCCACAGGGGCUCGUGUUGGCUGCCUCUUACAAACAGAACUGGCUGGCAAGUCUUAGCGCCUUCACAAUGCUGGUGUGGUCCUUUGCAUGAGCCAAACGCAGGUUUUGUCCGGUGGGUAGGUCGUUUGAAAUGUAAAUAUAAAAGUGGCCCACCUGCUUAUUUGUUGCUUGCCCAAAGCCUUUUACUCAGCAUUUCUAAUUGUGUGUAGGCGAGUAAUAUUAGAAAGAAAUACCUGUAAUGAAAAAAGGCACUGUGUGACGAACCGCAUAAUGCGUGUUCAGAAAGGUGUCGUGUGUGACUGUGGGUUUGGUGGCGAGUGUCCACUGCUGAAUUUCAGCAGAGAUCUCUAAGUACCAGUCGAGAUAAAAUGUGGUGUAACCCAACUCUUACUGUCAUGGGUGUUGGUGCUGCUGAGGUGCUGCUGCUUCGUUAUAGCUGGCUUUUCACAUUCGCUGAUUGUUGAAGUCCGAUUGAACUACUUCACAGGUCUCCAGCUGCUCCACAUCAAAUAGGUCAUCAGUGGAUGGUAGAAGUAUGGUGACCUAACUGGAAACCCUCAAGGGGUGUCCUGUUGCUCCAGAUAUGUUACAGAGGGCAAAAGUUUGCCAGGGCAGUAGAAGGGGCUGGGAGGCUCAGGGGAGCUGGUGGCAGGGCUCCGUGAAAGGUAGAAGCUGGCUCAUUUCUGCACCUGAGCCAAGCAGUCUGUAAGCAUAACCUGAACCUGUGAUAGACUGGACAGAUCU